CACAUUAAACUAAAUAAUUAUAUAUAUAUUGUAUAACAAAUUAUAUAAUUCGACUUCGAUUCGAUUCACGAUGUGUGACGAUAGCCCCAUCAGUGACUGUGAGCCAACAACAUUGAUGAUGCAUCCGAAUGCUUAUCACAUUCACUUGCCACUCUAUAUAAUGGAUAUGGUGCGCAUCUUUCAGGAUCAUCCCAAGUAUGUCAACGGCAUUAAGGAGCAACAUAUUGUGGAGAUGUUGGAGAAGGAAUCCUUUGCCUGUGGUGAUUUGGAGGCUCAGGUUAAAACAGCAGUAAUGGAUUUGUCGGCCAAAGGAUUCAUACGCUAUAUUAACAAUGGCUAUCGCACAUUGGGACCAAUUGCCAAAUUGGCCAAUGCUCGGAAUGUGCGACACUUUUGCGCCACCUGGCAGCGCAUUGCCGAACUGCAAAAGGUUAACUCGGACUUUCUCGAUGGCAACAAUUUGAUCAACAAUCAGCGUCCAAAAUGUAACAGGCGCAGCUCCAAUUGUUAGGGUAUUACCACAGUGCAGCAGCCCCAGUUUUUUUUUUUGUUCUUAAAUUUAAUUGUUUAUUUGUUGAGUUAUGUGCAAUCGGUCUAAAAACAUUAGAAAACACAAACUGUAAAAACAUAGCCUUGAAAUUUCCCUAAUUCUAUUCCUUCAAAAUUAUUGUCAAUAAAGAGGCCAACAAUAUAAUAAUAAA